CUGCCAUGGCCACGGUGGGCAAGAUCAGCUUCACCGUCAGGAGCCUUUUGGAUUUACCGGAACCCGAGGGCGACGGCGCCAAGGAACAGGACUCAGCCGAGAGCUACGGCGGCUCCCCGUACCGGGAAUGGAUGGACGCGGGCAGGAACCACUAUCUCUCUUCGGACGAGAGCGGCGCUGAGAGCAGAUCGCGCCCAGUGGCGGCGGCCGCGGCGCGGGCAACCGAGGAGGAGGAAGAGGAGGAGGAGGAGGAGAAGAAGAAGAAGCGGCGGGUGCUCUUCUCCAAGGCGCAGACGCUGGCGCUGGAGCGGCGCUUCCGACAGCAGCGCUACCUGUCGGCGCCCGAGCGGGAGCAGCUGGCCCAGGUGCUGCGCCUGACGCCCACCCAGGUCAAGAUCUGGUUCCAGAACCACCGCUACAAGAUGAAGCGGGCCAAGGGCGGCGGCGGGGCCGGCUGCGGGCGGGCCGGGGCGGGCGAGGCGCCGCUGCUGCGCCGCGUGGUGGUGCCGGUGCUGGUGCGGGACGGCAAGGCGUGCCAGGGCUGCAGCGGCCCGGCGGCACAGGACUGCGGCGGGCCCCCGAGCUCCCUCAGCCUGCCGGGCUACUCGGCCUUCCCGCCCGCCGCCUCCCUGAGCCUCUUCCCGGCCUACCAGCACUUAGCGCCGCCGGCCCUCGUCUCCUGGAACUGGGGCUGA